CCUCCUCCGCCUCGUCUUCCCCUUCCCCUUCCCCUUCCCCCCCUCCUCAUUCUCUCCCUUCUAGAACCUUCUGGAACCCGCCGGGAGAGGCGGCGACAUGUACGGCCUCCUUACCGCUCCCUGCCCCCGGGCCCCUCUGCUCCGCGCCUUCCCGAGCCCCGGCACCCGCGUCCUCCCAAAAACCCUAGCCUUCCCCUCGCCCCGCCUCCCCCGCGGCCUCCGCGCGUCCCGGCCGCCGCGCGCCACCGCGGAGGCAGCUACGUCGGUGUUGGGCGGGAUUCUUGCUGCCCCGCUCUCGACGCUGGAGGUCGGCCUGCGGAGCGUCAACCUCGCGCCGCUGCGGGCGCCCGUGGCAGCGGCGAUGUCGGCGGCGGUGCGGUGGCUGGGGGUCUACCGGGAGGUGCUUCUCGUCGGCGUGCUGCUCUCGUGGUUCCCCAACAUCCCCUGGGACCGCCAGCCCUUCUCCGCGCUGCGGGACCUCUGCGACCCCUUCCUCGCCCUCUGCCGUGAGGUCAUGCCGCCGGUGUUUGGGCGCAAGCUCGACCUCAGCCCGCUUGUCGCGUUCAUGGCCAUCGACAUCAUCAUUAUGAUCCUGCGCCCGCAGCCACGCAUGUGAUGACUCCCUUCAGCAAUGAAAAUAAGAUCCAUGUUGUCAUCUGUAUUUACAUCGUGGAAUGAUGUUGUAGGGAUUGGAGGAUGGUGGCUGGUAUGUCGAGCAUAGGCUAUUUUGGUCAUUAAAUGUCAAAGAGAGGUGCUGCCGAAUCCUACCAUGACACAAAGUGGUGGUUGAAUGGGUUAGAGUUGCAAGCUCACUAUAGUUAUCAUGAAGAUAGUGCAUUAUGAAUUAUUUCGCCAUGUCUGUAGACAAGUGUAGCUUCCUUGCUAAAACUUCUUCCAUUUACGGUAUUCAAUGAUUACGGUAGUAGUAUAUGUGCUAUCUGCAUAUUGUCAUAUGCAGUUUUGUUCUGUAACCCAUCCAGUCUCUCUACCAUACAAUUUGACAGUGUAGUUUGCAUGCCUUUUUUACGUGAUCCAGAGAAUUGGAUCUUAAGCGUGAAGACCCCUUUUGGAUUGAAGGAA